CUAAACCUGGGAUUCCGAUCCAGGAAUUGGAAGUUGACAGCUUGGCUGCCUGGCUCCUGCAUCUGCCUUCUCCACUCACCAUCUCAUUUCUUUCUCCAGGAUUGUCAGUGGCUUCGCCCCGAGGAGAGCUGACUGCCCUGGGCUGCUGCCUCCGGCAGAGCUGAGCCAAAAUGUCCCCGGAAUCUAAAAAGCUUUUCAACAUCAUUAUUUUAGGAGUUGCCUUUAUGUUUAUGUUCACUGCCUUUCAAACUUGUGGAAAUGUGGCGCAAACUGUCAUCAGGAGCUUAAAUAGCACAGAUUUUCACGGCAGUGGAUAUACCAGCAUGGCUAUUAUCUAUGGAGUGUUCUCUGCUUCAAAUUUGAUUACACCGUCAGUGGUUGCCAUUGUAGGUCCUCAACUCUCUAUGUUUGCCAGUGGUUUAUUUUACAGCAUGUACAUUGCCGUUUUUAUCCAGCCUUUCCCAUGGUCCUUCUACACAGCCUCUGUUUUCAUUGGAAUUGCUGCUGCUGUGCUUUGGACAGCACAAGGAAACUGCCUGACAAUAAAUUCGGAUGAGCACACCAUUGGGAGAAACAGUGGAAUUUUCUGGGCACUUCUGCAGUCUAGCUUGUUCUUUGGAAAUCUCUACAUAUAUUUUGCCUGGCAAGGGAAAACUCAGAUAUCAGAGAGUGACCGAAGAACAGUGUUUAUUGCCCUAACGGUGAUUAGCCUUGUGGGGACAGUUCUGUUCUUUCUCAUUCGGAAACCAGAUUCUGAAAAUGUCCUAGGAGAAGAUGAGUCUUCUGAUGACCAGGACAUGGAAGUCAACGAGUCUGCCCAGAACAAUCUGACAAAGGCAGUAGAUGCUUUUAAAAAGUCUUUUAAGUUAUGUGUCACCAAGGAGAUGCUCCUUCUUAGUAUUACAACUGCUUAUACAGGUCUGGAAUUAACUUUCUUCUCUGGUGUAUAUGGAACCUGUAUUGGUGCUAUAAAUAAAUUUGGAGCAGAAGAGAAAAGCCUUAUUGGACUUUCUGGCAUUUUCAUCGGCAUUGGAGAAAUUUUAGGUGGAAGCCUCUUUGGCCUGCUGAGCAAGAACAAUCGUUUUGGUAGAAAUCCAGUUGUGCUGUUGGGCAUCCUGGUGCACUUCAUAGCUUUUUAUCUAAUAUUUCUCAACAUGCCUGGAGAUGCCCCGAUUGCUCCUGUUAAAGGAACUGACAGCAGUGCUUACAUCAAAUCCAGCAAAGAAGUUGCCAUUCUCUGCAGUUUUCUGUUGGGCCUUGGAGACAGCUGCUUUAAUACCCAGCUGCUUAGUAUCUUGGGCUUUCUGUAUUCUGAAGACAGCGCCCCAGCAUUUGCCAUAUUCAAGUUUGUUCAGAGUCUCUCUCUGUCACUCAGGCUGGAGUGCAGUAGUGCAAUCUUGACUCCCUGCAACCUCCACCUCCCGGGUUCAAGCAAUUCUCCUGCCUUAGCCUCCUGAGUAGGUGAGAUUACAGGCCCACACCACCACGCCUGGCUAAUUUUUGUAUUUUUUUUUCUUUUUAGCAGAGGCAGGGUUUCACCACAUUGGUUAGGCUGGUCUCAAACUUCUGACCUCAGGUGAUCCACCUGCCUUGGCCUCCCAAAGUACUGGGGAUUAUAUGCGUGAGCCACCGCACCCAGUCUAUUUUUUUAUUUUAUUUUAUUUUUAAAGACAAAGUCGGCCCGCCACAGCUCACGCUUGUAAUCCCAGCACUUUGGGAGGCCAAGGUGGGCGGAUCACGAGGUCACAAGAUCGAGACCAUCCUGGCUAACACGGUGAAACCCUGUCUCUACUAAAAAUACAAAAAAAUUAGCCGGGCGUGGUGGCACGUGCCUAUAGUCCCAGCUGCUCGGGUGGCUGAGGCAGGAGAAUGGUGUGAACCCGGGAGGCGGAGCUUGCCAUGAGCCCAGAUCACGCCACUGCACUUCAGCCUGGGCCACAGAGCGAGACUCCGUCUCAAAAAAAAAAGACAGUCUCACUCUGUAGCCCAGACUGGAGUGCAGUGGCACGAUCUUGGCUCAGUGCAAUCUCUGCCUCCCGAGUAGGUGGGAUUACAGGAGUGCGCUACCACGUUCAGCUAAGUUUUUAUAUUUUUAGUAGAGAUGAGGUUUCACCAUUUUGGCCAGGCUGGUCACAAACUACUGGCCUCAAGUGAUCCCCCCGCUUGGGCCCCGCAAAGUGCUGGGAUUAUAAACAUAAGCCACCACCCCGGCUAUAUUGUGUUUCUUAUUUUAUUUUAUUUUUUUGUUUCCUCUUUUUUUUUCCUUUUUUUGCUUUUGUCUUAUGUUGUGUUUUUUAAAUGAAAGUUGGGGACAUCCUUUAAGAGGAUUUAUGACUAGAAUUAGGAAGCAAAGAGCAGUAAGAUUUUUUGUAUAACAGAUUUUACUUUCUGGUCUCUAUAGCUCUGAUUAGAGAUUUCCUUCCUUAGAUACCAGAAUUCUAUUCAUUUGUAAUACAGACAAGUGGAUUUCUUACUCUGUACAUUCUUGUUACUCCAGUUUUCCACAAAAUGCUAUUUUUGUUUCAUUUUAUAUUAUUUUGUAGAGAUGGGGUCUUGCUAUGUUGUGCAGGCUGGUCUUGAACUCCUGCGCUCAAGCAUUUCUCCCACCUUGGCCUCCCAAGGUGUUGGGUGGCAUGAACCCCCACACCUGGCCAAAAUGCUAUUUUAAAUACCAGGGACUGUGGCAGGAGUUUAUGGUGCAUGUUUGUGAGUCAGUGACUGAGGAAGUCAUACCUUGAUGCAGAAAGAAUAGAAAGCACUGUGAGUUCCAGGUGUCCUUGGGGCAGGAUAGGAGUGGGGCUAGGGGCUAACUGUGGCUCAGUGUGGCCCCCAGUGUGCCCGUUGUGAUUUGUUUUGUUUGUUCUUAGUCUAUUUGCGCAGCCGUGGCAUUUUUCUACAGCAACUACCUUCUCCUUCACUGGCAACUCCUGGUCAUGGUGAUAUUUGGGUUUUUUGGAACACUUUCUUUCUUCACUGUGGAAUGGGAAGCUGCUGCCUUUGUAGCCCGCGGUUCUGACUACCGAAGUAUCUGAUCUGGUGUCCGUGAGGGGACACGUAUGACCUCAGAAACACCACUGGACACAGAGCUUGGUGGAAGAAGUCGCCUUUGAUCUUCACUCUAUAUUGGGUGAUGUUCAGUAUGGAAAAUCAAGGGAUUAAGACUGUUAAAUCAGCCAGAGUUGGUGUUCAAGUUUACAGAUAUGAGUUAUUUAAAGCAAGUGGAAUAAGGGAAAGCUGUUAACUGUAAUUGUUCAAAGAUGUUGUUUUUCAUUUCAUCUAUCUCAAUUCUUAUAAUCAUGUUAUAGAAUGUAAAUGUUUUCUUCUCUCUCCUGCUGUUGUUGGAAGAUCCUGCCUUGAUUUAGAAUACUAGGCCAUAUGUCAUAUAAAUAUUUUUUCUGGAUAUGGAGUAUGUUUUGCUAUGUAAUAAUGGGAAGCAUAUGUCAUUCCCCAUAUGUGUUGGAGAAUGACAUUUAAAUAAAUAGCAAAGCUGGGUGUGGUGGUGCACCCCUAUACUCCCAGCUGCUGGGGAGGCUGAAACAGAAGGAUCACUUCAGCCCAGGAGAUUGAGGCUGCAGUGAGCUAUGAUCACACCACUGCACUCCAGGCUGGGCAACAGGGUGAGACCCUGUCUUGAAAAUAAUAAUAGGCCGGUCGCAGUGGCUCAUGCCUGUAAUCCCAACACUUUGGGAGGCUGAGGUGGGUGGAUCACCUGAGGUCAGGAGUUUGAGACCAGCCUGGCCAACAUGGUGAAACCUCAUCUCUACUAAAAAUACAAAAAUGUGUUGGGUUUGGUGGUGCAUGCCUGUAAUCCUAGCUACUAGGGAGGCUGAGGCAAGAGAAUUCGCUUGAACCCGGGAGGCGGAGGUUGCAGUGAGCCGAGAUCGUGCCAUUGCACUCCAGCCUGGGUGACAAGAGCGAAACUCCAUCUCAAAAAAAAAAAGAAAAAAUAAUAAUAAUGAUAAUUUUUUAAAAUAAUGAAAAAUAAAUAACAAGAUGCUGAAAUAAAAUCUUGAUUUUGAAAAGA